AUGGUGAAACCCAUUGAAAACAUAAGGAGAAAUGUUACAGGUAACAACUGGUACUCAUUAGUAGAACUAGUCAAUGAACAUUCAGAAAAAGGUCUCACAUAUGUUGGUACACUGAAAAAGAACAUAAAGGAGAUCCCACAUAACUUCUUACCUAAUAAGAAACGAGGUGUGAAGACAUCUGUUUACGGUUUUACAGAAGACAUGAAGCUGGUUUCCUCCGUGCCCAAGAAGUCCAAAGCUGCAAUACUGAUCUCUUCUAUGCACCAUUCAGUAAACAAUGAUCCUGAAUCAGGAAAACCUGAGACCAUCCUGUUUUAUAACACAACAAAAGGUGGUGUGGACUGUCUCCACCAAAGGUGCAGCUUAUUCGUCAAGUCGCUGGACAAGAAGAUUUUCUUCACAUUAGUGGAUGUUGCUUGCAGUGUAAAUUUUUAUGUGGUACAUCAAGCUUAUCCAAAGGCAGAAGUAAUGAUGAGAUUGAGCUUCAUGAAGACUCUAGCAAGAGACCUAGUUGAACCUCAUACGAAGCGUAGAAUUUCUAUUGGAUGCUUGCCACAAGAGUUGAGUGACACCAUCAGAAGAAUACUUCACUUACAAGAUGAGCCUCAGACAUCAAAAGAAGAAUUUGGAAAUUGA